AGCACUUCUCUGUGUGUGUCUCUCUCUGUCUCUGUCUCUGUCUCUGUCUCUAUCUAUCUAUCAUCUAUCUGUCUAUCUAUCUAUCUGUCUGUCUGUCUGUCUGUCUGUCUGUCUAUCUGGAAACGGAAAGGUCUGAAGCCCCUCGCUGGACCCCACAUACAUAGCACCCAUAGGUCAGAGAAAAAGGAAAGAGGAGAGGCAGUCUUUUAACUGGAGGUAGGAGGAAGGCUGGCAGCGUACCUGGUUGCCAGGUGACGAUACCUGGUUGCUAGGUAACGGAGCGCCGUCCUCUCUUCCCUACAAACUCAUCCUUCAACUUGAAAGCCCGCGGGGUCGGGAAACCAAGUCGAGUUACUACAAGACACCAGGAGGAACGACUUCACCUGAGAGGGAUCACAUAUAACAAAAUGUCUAGGGUACCAAAACAUUUUGGACUAAAUUAUAAUGAAGAACUGAACAUGCUGAAGGAACUUGAGAAAGUUCGCAAAAAUACUAGAAAAGAGUUCCUUAAAUUCAAGGAGGUGCAGGAAUCGAAAUCAAAGCAGAGUUCGCUCCAGUUUUCAAGUGUAAGCGAUUUAACUUCCCAGAGUUCAGAGAGUUCAUUGGAGACCAUCUCUGUGGACAAGAUUGUUUCACCUGAAUUGACAACUUCAGCACUUCCAGACACAGAAAAGCGAAGUCAUGCCCCCAGAAGGAAGCGUCAAGAAAGCAAGUUACCCCUCAAAGUGAAAUCUGAGAAACCGCGGUUUUGUCACAAAGAAUAUUAUAUGAAAAUUAAUCCUUAUAUUUAUCAACAUGGAAAGGCAAAACCAGUGAUUGCGUCAUUAGCAGGCACCUCUAAACAAGCUGUUUUAUUUAAGCAGCCAGCCCCUUCCCAGAAGCCUAGAUACCGCCGAGUUAUUCUUCGACGAAAGGCACCAAGCCCUCAGUUCACUCUUCCUUUAGGAAAAGAAGGACGGAAAAGUGAAGUCACUUCUGUCCCAGAAUCGCUUCCUUCCGACGAAAUCUCAUUGAAAGGAAGUAUAGCAAGUGAUCAGGAGUCUGAAAAGGUCUUGCUGAGAAAAAGAAGAUCGGGGCCACGCCGCCGAGAAGGUUCUCUAAUUGAGAAGAAAAUGAAAAAAAGUCUCACUCCCAGCAGGAUCGAAGACAUCGAGCAGAAGGAGGAGCCCCAGACAGAAAUUCUGACAGAGGAAAAGGAAGAAAUCGUACCAGAAGAAUCCCAAGGACCGACCCCAGGACGUAUGGUCAAGAUCCCAAGGUCUAUUGAAGAAAUAAUUGCUAACUUGCAGUCUGAGCGUCAGACAGUUGUAGACAAUAUGAUCAAAGAUCUCAUAGAAAGUGUCCUUGGCCAGAACUACGACAUCAAAAUGGAAGAGGUAUCUUUAAUGACAAAUUUUAAAUUUGAAGAAGAGAUUGAGAAAGAAAAGUCAGAAGUCAAGAAAGUUGCUAAAGAAGAAGUUCUGGUGGAAAAGGAGGAAGAUAAAAUAGAGUCUGAAGAUGAAGUAGAUAUCGAGCAAAUUGAACAGGAAGAAGAUUUGGAAGAGACAAAAACCGUGCAAGAACGAGAAAAUGUGGAACUUCUUCAGACUGUUUUAGAUACCAAGAUUUUGAGUGAACUACCUAUGUUUUUGGAUACGACAGAGACACAAUUGCCAAAACGGGAACCUGGUGCUUUCCAGGUUGUGAGUUUAGAAUCUUUGCAAAUAAAAGGAAAGACAGUUCCAGCAUCCCCAAGAAUCAAACCAAAAUUUCAAAGAAGACCCUUCGAGACCUCAGAGAGUCCCAAAACAACUUCAAAGAUUCCAGAGAAGUCUACCCACAAUCUUCAUAAGCUAUGUACCACUUCUCCAGAAUGUGUGCUGCCUACUGAUUUACAAUUAGCUUCUAGAAUAUAUCAUACUCUAGGCAAAAAGGGCCAUGAUUUUUUUAUGGAAAGUGAUAAAAAAGACCUCAAAGAUGAACAUACUAAGAAUGAAAAAAUACGAGACAGAAUACUCUAUGGAGUUUCAACUUCAGAUGCUAAGGGCAAAACCGAAAAGAGUUCUUCAGAAAAACCAACAGCUUUAGUUAAAGUAAAAACGACAGAUCAACAACCCUCUUUUCAGCUCUUAGGAGAAGAGGUGCCUCUUUACCCAGGAUCUGUGAAAAUGUUUUGGACUCUAGCUCCUCCCAAAUUUUCUGCUCCAGUAUCUCUCAUAAGGCAAACCUUGUAUCCACAAUAUGAGAGUAGUUGUACAUUUAGACAAACGAUGGACAAGUCACUUUCUGUGAGUGAAGAGAGUUUUUACUCAAAAGACAGAGAAAAAAAGUCUGAAAAACCAAAGUUUAAAGUCAUGAAAAGCAAAUCUUUGACAACUCUACCAAAAAUUGAUGAAGCUAAGAAAAUGAUUAAUAAAGCGGCAUCUGUAUUUAAUUUUGCUAUGCAAAAUGAUUCAAUAUCAUCAAUUGUACCUGACGAUAUACGUAGUAACCUGAAUGAAUUAGAGAAUCAGCAGGAAUACUUUUUAAAGUGUCUUGAAGAAAAUGAAAACAAUAUGUAUGAUUAUUUGGAUAUUACUGAUUUACCAGAAACAGAAACUCAGAAGAGUGGACAAAAGAAAACUCACCCUAAAGAUGUAUCUCAAAAGACAAGACGGUUCAUUGUUUUUCCUAGAAGAAAAAGGAGGAAACUUAGGAAAAGACUGAGUAGUGAAAAAUUAAAAUUUGUUCUUAACGAGUUAGCAAAGCCUCCACAGACUCUUAAAAGAUCAAAAUCUCUCGUCAUCCUUUUGCAACAGAAGAAAUUUUUUCUCCGUGUGCCUAUAUACGUCCGUCGAAGUCGCUGCCCUAGUCUGCCUUCUGUGUUAAAUUUUGAUAAGUUUGUUGAGAAACAUGGUGGGAUUCCAAAAAAUAUUAGACCUUACCAUUGGGCUUUGGACUUCUGGAUUAGUGAGUACCAUGAAUUUGCACCCUCUCCAGAACCAGAAUUCGUGGAACAAGGAACAGUUCAGACUGCACCUGUAGAAACUGUACCAGCUGUACCUAUUAUAGAAACAAAAAAUCUUUCAAAAAUAGAAUUAGAUGAUUUCAUAAAUCCAGAUCUCUCUGAACAUGUUGUUCAAUAUUUGGAGAAGGAAAUAGAGAAGCUGACUCAAGAACUAAAACAAAAACAAAAAAUGCCUGCCUUCCUAUAUUGUCGACGUGGAGCUAUUUAUAGGAAGCUAGGCAAAUUAAAGAUGGCCAUGGACGAUCUACAAGAGGCUAUAUUCUUAGAACCUCUGUUACUUAAUGCCUAUUGGCAUCGACAUUUCAUAUACUUGUUCCAAAACAGAACUGGUGAUGCUUUGGAUGAUUUAAAUUUUAUAACUAAAUAUAAUAGAAAAAAUGCAGAUGUUUAUUUAUCAAAAGCUGAAAUUUUUAAGAAAAGAGGUAAUCAGACAUUGGCACUGCUCAAUUAUACUCAAGCAAUUAAGUGUAGGCCUAAAGAUGACGACAUAUAUUUCAAGAGAGCUGAGAUGCUUCUAGCUGGGAACAAAUUACUGGCCAUAGAUGAUUAUAGUAGAUGUAUUUCUUUGAACCCAAAAAAAGCAGAGGCAUAUUUAAGACGUGGCAUAUAUCAUUUUGAAAAUUCUAAUUGGAGUCCAGCUAUUCAAGAUUUUUCUGCUUUGUUGAAUCUUGACUACAAAAAUAUUCAAGCAAGGACGUAUCGUGGCAGAGCUUUUUUUAAAAGAGGCUUUUUUAGAGAUGCAACUGAAGAUCUUUCUAUUGCAAUUCAUUAUGAUCCUAAUAAUUGGAUAGCAUUCUAUUAUAGAGGCUGCAUAUUUCGAAAGAGUAAUCCAAAUAAAGCACUUCAGGAUUUCAGUAUAUCAGUGCUCAUCAAUGAUACUCUUGAGAAUAUUCUUUCUUUUCUACAUCGUGGCAUCUUGUAUGCAGAAAUGAGUUCCUGGGGACUGGCAAUUGCUGACUUUGAAAGUGUACUUAAUUUGGACAGAAAAAUAGCUUUUGCUCAUAUAAAUAUUGGCCUCAUAUACAUGUUGCAUUUGGACAAGUACUUUGAAGCAAUUUAUGAAUUUACAGAGGCUAUUCGGGUUGAUCCUUUAUGUAUUCAAAGCUAUCUUUGUCGAGCACAAACAUAUUACAAGUUGCAUAAAUUAUCACAAGCAAUAAAGGAUAUGUCCCGAGUCAUCCACCUCCAGCCAGAUGGAAUUCAGUUGUAUAUAAUCAGAGGACGCUAUCUCCUUGAAAUGAAGUGUCAUGAUCUUGCAAAAUCCACUAUUUUCCAAGUAGCACAAAUGAACAAAGGUUCCUUUGAGUUGUCUCCUAUUCAGCAGUCAUUGGUUUUUUCAUUUUGUAAUUAUCACCAUGAAGCUCUGAAACUCUUAUUUUCAGUCACAUUGUAUAAACCUGAGCCUGGCAUGUUUAUUCUAUUAGGAAAAGCCCAAAUGAAGGCCAAAAAAUUAAAGAAUGCUAUGACAACUUUUAAAAAGGCUUUGGAAAUAAUGUCUAAUUCAGACAAGAUACCAAAGGGAUCAUUUUUGCCAGCAGAAUGUAGCUUUCUCUUGGGUCUCUGUUACAUGAAAGAAGACAAUCUUUACAUGGCCAUUGAGUCUUUUAACAAAGCAGUGAAAGCAUAUCCUGACUAUCCAGAAGCUUUUUAUCAACGAGGCCUGUGUAAAGUGAAAGUCCAGAGGGAUAAAUGUGUACAAGAUUUCAAUCGGGCAAUUACCCUCAAUCCAAAACAUUAUAAGGCAUAUAUUAGCCGUGCAGCCUUCUAUGGAUUAAAAGGGAGAUACUCAAAGGCAAUUUUGAACUGCAAUGAAGCAAUCAGAAUUUUUCCCAAUAGUGUGAGAGCCUAUCUCUAUAGAGGAGUUUUGAAAUUCUACAACAAGACUUACAAGCUUGCGAUUACAGAUUUAAAUAUAGCUAUAUCCCUGAACAAGAACUGUUUUCUAGCAUUUUAUAACAGAGCAAUAUGCUUCAGCAAAAUAAAGGAAUUUGACUCGGCUUUAAAGGACUAUGGAAUUGUUCUUCUUCUUGACGUGGGAGACGAUAUAAGGGCAAAAACUUUAAUCAACCGUGGCUUGAUCUACACAGAACUAAAAAUGACUGCCAAUGCAUUAGCGGAUUUUAGGGAAGCAAUGCAUAUAAGUGAAGAUAAUGCUAGUCUCUUUCAAGCUGCUGGAAUUUGCCAUCACAGAAUAGGAGAGUAUGAAGAAGCUGUGUGUUCAUUCACCCGUGUCAUUGAACUCAAUCCUUUUUUUGUGGAUGCAUAUGUUGGACGGGGAAAUUCUUACAUGGAAUAUGGUCACGAAGCAGCUGAAAGACAAGCACAAAAGGACUUUCUAAAGGCCUUACACUUCAAUCCAGCACACUUAAAUGCCAGAAUUAGUUUUGGAUAUAAUUUACAGGGCAAAGGAAAAUUCCAAAAAGCUUGGAAUCAAUUUACCAUUUGUGUGGAUAUUGACCCAGGAAACUACCAGGCAUAUGAAGGAAGAGGCAUAGUCUGUCUUCAGAUGGGAAAUAAUUUUGCUGCUAUUCAAGAUAUAAAUUCUGCUCUAAAGAUCACUACUUCUGCAGAAUUUUUAACAAAUCGUGGUGUAAUUCAUGAAUUUAUGGGUGAACGGCAUAUUGCUAUGAAGGACUACCAGGCUGCAAUUUCAAUGAACCCUAAGUAUUCUCUGGCAUAUUUUAAUGCAGGAAAUAUCUAUUUACACCACAGACAAUUUUCCCAGGCCAUUGAAUUCUACUCCAAGGCAUUGCAUUUUGACCCACAAAAUGAUUCUGCAGCUUUGAAUCGAGCUAUCACAAAUACAAUAUUACAGAAAUUCGAAGAAGCAAAAGAAGAUUUUAUAAAGGCAAUUGAGCUCUGUCCUUUUUGGGGUGCAGUAUAUUAUGGCAAGGCACUCUUGUACUACAGUUUACAACAAUAUGAGAUAGCUGAAGAGGAUCUUACUAAAGCUUUGUCAUUGCAACCUAAUGAUCAUCUGGCAUAUAAACUCAGAGCCGAUAUUCGUGGGAAAAUGGGUAAGACUGAAGAAGCUCUGAAGGACUAUAACCAAUCACUUGACCUUCAAGAAUUUGCCAGCUAUUAGAAUAGAUAGGCAAUGCAAAGUAAUGCAUGGAAACAAUAGCCUUUCUUUUCUAAACUGAAAUCUAGUUUUGAAAAAAAUGAAUUAGUAUCAUUAUUGAAUAAUUUUUAACUUAUAUAAUUAUCAAAACAAUUAGCAACUUAAUAUUCAUUCUGUCCUGUGAUUUUUUUAAAAAUUACUUUUAAUUACAGAAUGUUUGGCCAACACAAAAAUUUAAAUUUCUUUGUAGCAUUUAAUUGCUGCUAUCUCUUAAAGAAUAUUAAAAGUAUCGAAGUAAUCUCUUCAAAUUAAGAAUUUUUUGUAAUACUACCUACCAUAUGAAUACAAAGGAAAAAAGUGUCAUAUUUUAAAGAACCAAAUAGUAAUGUUUCAGGUCAGUUUUUAGUUUUUCUUUCUUAAAGAAAAAUAUACUUUCUGGCUAAAAAAGAAAUGUGAGUUUGGGGAAAUUAUUCUUUUUAUUGUUACCUACAAUAACGUGCAUAUAUACAUUCUUUCAAUGGCAUAUGUAUUUUCCAAUUGCUGAAUAAAAAGUUUCUCCUUGAACAUGCUAAUUUGUGAGGGAAUUCUCCUGGCCAACAUGUACUUAAGGAUGGACAUACUCUAUUUCUUUCAGACAUCUUAGUGCCAUAAGAAAUGUCAUAUAAAUAUAGUCUAUUUCUUUCACCUUUACUGAAAUGAGUUCUUAAGAGGUUACCUACAGUGUCUCAGGAACUUCCUUCCUUUUGCUUAUUAAUGAUAACAAACUUGCUACUUUUGCAGUAAGUUUUACUUCAACCCUCACAAAGUCAAUGAAUCAUGAGAGAAAUGGUAAUUCCUUUUCUACCUCCCACUUUGAUUUCUACUAGCUUUCCACU